AAUUUUGCUCUAAGAAGAGUUGCAGAAGAGUUUUGCUUAAAGAGCGCGCGCACAAGUCUAUGCUGCUCGAUUCGGCCGAGUUUUCAAGAUUAAGAGACUGAUCAUCUGGUGCUUAGUUUGCAAACCAGAGAUGGCUCCAGCACCCGAUCCCUACCGUGUCGGAGGCGGUGCGAAGGAGGAAGAAGAUUUCGUGAUAGCUCCGUCUAAGAAGAAGGACGAUAAAAUAGAAGAGGAACUUGUUCAACUUCCACCUCUAAACUUGCCUCUAACAUCAAAUCAGGAGUUUCUCGAAAAGAUUGAAUCCAUCCUUAAACAAGACCAUCCUUGUCCUCUUCAACAACAACUGCCUGAAAGUCCUAAAAAUCUUGAGAAACCAAAGGCUAUGAAUUUCCCAAUCUCCAAGAUCACAAUUGGUGAAUGGACCAGCACGGCCUUGUUCCCUGAUGAUCUUAAGGCCAAAUUCUAUUUUGCAAAGAGGAAAAUUAUGUGGGAGAUUCUCGAAGAUGUAGAAACAGCAACACAUGUGGCCAGGCUGAAGAGGAAGAUCGAGAUCCAUUGGGAUGAUGUCUUGUCUUUCAGAGCAACUGUUCAAUCCGGAAUCCUCCAACUCGAGUUGCGCAAACGUCCAGCGUUCUUCAUGGAGGCUAAUCCACAGCCAGGAAAACACACUCAAUGGAUACAGAUGGAUCAAGAUUUCACCCUAAAUCAGUCUGCUUCUAUCUUCAGGAGACAUACACUUCAUUUUUCUUCUGGAGUUCUGGAAAAGAACUUGGGGAAGAUUGUGUCCAGCGAUAGCUUCUGGUCAAAACUCGACAAAGUCACUUUCCCAACUCUACCACAUUCUCUUUACUUCGAUGUUCCUGAUGGAAACAGCAACAAAAAGCGUCGCUACGGCCAAUACCAGACACCCAACAACGACGACCUUUUUCAUCACCUUCCUCCAGGUCAAGGAUUUGGUCAUGUACCAGUGGGAGAAGUAAACUCUAACUUGGCAACUCAGUUCUACGCUAAUUACGGGAGGCAAAUGAACUCACUUGUUCUAGACAAUCGCCAGAAUAAAACUAUGAGCCAGUUACCUGGGACGCAAGUUAUCCAGCCAUCCUCUCAGCUGAUGAACAGGGGAAGGUACAUUAGGAGGUCACAGCUUAACAAUCCGAUGAUCCAAGACGAGCGCCAUAGGAUAUUUGAACACGCGAACGAAAUCUCAUUCUAUCAGGUUGGACCGAAUCUAAGAGGCGACUUAGGUCAAGAAGGAGAGACACAGAACUUGGAACACACACAUCUGGAUGGCAACUUUCAGACCAACAACAUAUGUUAUGAUGAUCAAGACUUCAACAACAACCGUGGUUCAGUGCCUCCUGAUUCGUAGAUGUAGAAAAUAGGUUUAGCUUCUUCCUUUUGUUGCUCCAUCUCCCCUGUAAAUUCUUCUUCUUGGUCUUUUUUUUUUUUUCCUUUUCCUUCCCUGUAAAUUCAGAACUCUGGUUAGCUUCCGGGGAUAUUAUCAUCUUGAUUUGAUCC